UAACGUUCUCAUUCUUCCAAAAUUCCGCUUUUGAAUCGUUUCUCGUUAAGCGUCAAGAUAUCCGACAUCGGCAAGGUGCCUCCUGAAGUUUUUGAUUAAUAUGGGCGAAGAUCUCGCAGUCAAUCUCACACCCUUUUUUCAUGUCGAAACAUAUGGACGUCGGAUGAUUGAAUCAAUCAUAAAAGCAUGGUGUGGCGAGAAGGUCGUUUUUGGAAACAGGCGAUAUCAUAUCUGCGAACACCACUACGUAACCGCAUCGCCCAAGCGACUGUAACGUUAACAUUCAACGUUCAAGUUUGAAGUCCGUGAGUUUUCGUUCGUCAAACGGACAGAAUAUCAUGCAAAGGAGAAAGGGGCCUAAAUUAUCAACUGCUCCUUUCCAGUUCAAACCCAACUUGCAGCUUAUGUUGUUCAAUCUCGCCGUCUUAUUUUGGAAUGCUACUUUUACUCAUAGUCAAUACAAUCGUUGGAGUCUCCUGAGCGCCGGUCGUCACCAAGACUUCAAAGGUUUCCCUGUGUUCGACUUCCCAGACAGCGCUACUUUGCACACAUGGGCAUCCACACCUGAAAUGGAAGAUGUCGCAACACUUCCUCGGGGUCCCGACGAGGAGAGUCUGUUUCUAUGACCUACUAUGUACCUCGAAGACGGUACUUCUGUUUCGACCAAAGCAUUCACAGAGUGUUUUGGGAUCUGGAGGACUGAGGUGACUAAUUACACUCAAGCUUGACCUAUAUACUGCGGCCAAGCUGAACUACAAAGGGCAGUAGAACGCGGAUAUAACAUUUUCACCGCUGACAAGUCCGCACAAAGUCCACUUUAUCACUCCCGGUCGGGUAGCGUCUGAGCUACCUAUGUCUACCAAAUAGCUCCUUGUGAAUCGUAAACGAACCCUCGAGGACCAGGGAACGAGUAUAGUUCGAAGCUUUUGUUCUGUCUCGAAGACCAAGGGCGUGGAAGGGCAUGGACUGUUGUUGAUUUCGAUUUGUGGACGAGUUGGUUACUUACGGCGGAAACACGCAUGGUGAUGCCAAAGGUCAAGCUGUGCUUCCGAAUUGUUUUUAACACGGUAAAGCCGACUGCUCGAUUUUCUUUCUUUUCAACAUCCGUCUGCAAUGCCCGCGAACUUGUCAAGCCAAAGAUCAUACCCCAUACCACCCCUUGAGCGCCGCCAGUCUGGUGAUGACGAUGACGACGACGACGACGGUAAAAACACAUUGUCCCGUAGUUCAACGCAUCACAGUACAACGGGGACUAUGACCUCCAUCUUUCCCAAUUCGUCAGGAAGCCAUAAUCAAACAUUAGGAAAUAGGUCGAGCUCCGGUGCUAUCGCAGGGGGAGUCAUCGGGGGCAUAUGCGGGUCAGCGUUAGUGUGCUUAUUCUUCUGGUGCUGGAGACGGAGAAACCAUCGAAGUAGAUCUCGAACACUCGUCGAUAUUGACGAACCGAUGUAUCAAACUACUUCCGCUGGGCCUAGUAGCAAAGACCUAGAUCAACAGCUGGAAACGCCGUUCGUCGGUGUCAAUAUGCCUGGGAUCCGUCAAGUGAACCACAAUCAAGACGACUCGCAUAAUCAGGCCCCAUCUGCGGGUACCCAGAACAUCUCGAGGAGUCCGACUGAACCAUUAUCUCAUGUCCAGAAGAUUGUCUCCAAUCCAGAUUGCUCCUCCACCUCACUUCUUGACAAGGCGGCUUUGAUCGCCUACCGAAAGGGAUCUGAAAUGGACACGACCGGUCCCUCUUCUUGGAAACGCACUGAAGCUCAGAUUGCGAGGUCUAUAACUUCUCGCACAACGUCUACCUCUGGAACCACAAGUCAAGGUUUUGAAAGCGGGCCUACCAUCUCGAGAUCAGAUUCUUCAAACAGUCCAUCGCCCCGAAGGAGCCUGGACAGUUCCAGUGCUACGGCAGACGCUAUUCCUCCCAGGACACGCCACGAAAAACGCCCUCCUCCUCAGGUUCGUUUAACCAUCGACGGAACCUACGUAGAUGGUCGACGGGUAUCUGAUGGAGGCAAUAAUGACGAGGACGAGGUGGCUGACUUACAACGUCGUAUACAAGCCCUGGCGCAAGAGAAUGCGUUGCUCGCACUGCGUGCUGAGGCACCUCCCGCCUACCAUUAGGGAGAACGCUCAGACUAGUAUCCUCCGAUCGCAGUGCGACUCACUCUUUCGACACCGUGACCGUCUAAGGUCAUAUGCGACGGAGAACACCCAUCUCGAGUCGCUAUCUACUCUUCGUUUGACUUUCCAAUGAUGGAUAAUAAUGGACAUGGACAAGUUAAAGUUGUAGUCCAUGAUAGUAUCAUGAAAGUCUUUUUAUAAAUAAACGGGUUCGGAAUGGCAACGGAGCACCGAUACUUAUCUGUCCC